AUGUCUACCGCUGUUGUCAAGAUUGAUUGGUCCAAGAUCAUCACCAAGUUGGGAUUGUCUGGCCAAACCGCCUCCGCCCUUACCGCUUUCAAGAAGAGAAACGACGAGGCCAAGAGAGUGUUGUUCGAAUUGAAGCAACAGCCAACUUCCGUUGACUUCGCUCAAUACAAGAAGACUUUGAAGAACUCCCAGAUCGUCUCCCAGAUUGAGAAGGAUAUCGCUGCUUUCAAGCCAUCCAAGGCCAACCUUUCCAAGCAAUUGAACUUGAUUCAAUCGUUCGAGGCCAAGGCCUUGGAGAACGCCAAGUCCACCGAGUCCGUUGUUCUGGACGAGCUCGUCCAAUUGGAGAAGACUUUGGAGAACAUUGAAUCUGCCAGACCAUUCGACCAAUUGACUGUCGAUGAUUUCGUCAAGGCUAGACCAGACGUCAACGAAAAGGUCAAGGACAUGGUCACCAAGGGCAGAUGGGAGGUGCCAGGCUACAAGGAGAAGUUUGGUGACUUGACCAUCAUGUAA